CUGUCGUAAAAAGGAAAAGGCAAAGAAGACUGGCCCGUCCACAACACAACGACAACUAACUGCUAGCUUCAGUUAGUAACCCACAAAAUAUGACACCCUAAAUAUACACAGAAGAAGGAUCAAUAAAGCUACAGACUCUGAUAGCGUGUUUGAUGUAGAUGCUCAGUGCACCAUUUCAAGAUGUAUGCUGUGUACAGACAAGCACACACCCCCACUGCAGUGGAGUUCUCUGUCUACUGCAACUUUAUAUCCAGCAAGGAGAAGAAUUUGGUCGUUGCUGGAACAUCUCAGCUGUUUGUCUACAGGAUUAUCCACGAUGUGGAGAGUACAUCAAAGGCUGACAAAUCCUCAGAUUCCAAAUCUCGUAAGGAGAAACUGGAGCAGGUGGCAUCCUUUUCUCUCUUUGGCAAUGUUAUGUCCAUGGCCAGUGUGCAGCUUGUGGGAGCCAGCAGAGAUGCACUCCUUCUCAGUUUCAAAGACGCCAAGUUGUCUGUAGUGGAGUAUGACCCCGGGACACACGACCUCAAGACGCUGUCUCUUCAUUACUUUGAGGAGCCAGAGCUCAGAGAUGGUUUUGUACAGAAUGUACAUAUUCCCAUUGUCCGUGUAGACCCAGAGAAUCGCUGUGCCGUAAUGCUCGUUUAUGGCACCCAGCUUGUGGUCUUGCCGUUCAGGAAGGACACUCUAACUGAUGAACAGGAGGGUGGCGUUGGAGAAGGACCUAAAUCCAGCUUCCUACCCAGCUACAUCAUUGAUGUCCGGGAGCUGGACGAGAAGCUGCUCAACAUCAUCGACAUGAAGUUCCUCCAUGGCUACUAUGAGCCCACGUUGCUCAUCUUGUUUGAACCCAAUCAGACAUGGCCUGGACGCGUCGCUGUGCGUCAGGACACUUGUAGCAUCGUUGCCAUCUCCCUCAACAUAAUGCAGAAGGUUCAUCCCGUCAUCUGGUCUCUCAGUAAUCUGCCUUUUGACUGUACGCAGGUCAUGGCUGUUCCCAAGCCAAUCGGUGGUGUGGUGGUGUUUGCUGUCAAUUCGUUGCUGUAUCUGAACCAGAGCGUUCCACCAUAUGGAGUCUCCCUCAAUUCUCUGACAGCUGGGACCACAGCCUUCCCUCUGCGUGUCCAGGAUGAAGUGAAGAUCACACUAGACUGCUCCCAGUCUGACUUUAUUGCCUAUGACAAGAUGGUCAUCUCUUUGAAAGGAGGAGAAAUUUAUGUGUUGACCCUCAUAACUGAUGGCAUGAGAAGCGUCCGGGCUUUCCACUUUGACAAAGCUGCCGCCAGCGUCCUGACAACCUGUAUGGUGACCAUGGAGCCUGGCUACGUUUUCCUGGGCUCCCGCCUGGGAAACUCUCUGCUGCUGAAGUACACCGAGAAACUUCAGGAGACGCCACCAGAGGAGGGCAAAGAAAAACAGGACAAAGACAAGGAGAAAGAGAAGGAGAAAGAAAAACAGGAAGAACCACCAAGCAAGAAGAAGAGAGUAGAGUCUUCCACCAACUGGACGGAUGAGGUGGAUGAGAUAGAAGUGUACGGAAGUGAGGCCCAGUCUGGCACUCAGCUGGCCACCUAUUCCUUUGAGGUGUGUGAUAGCAUACUCAACAUUGGACCUUGUGCAAACGCCUCCAUGGGGGAACCUGCCUUCUUGUCUGAAGAGUUCCAGAGCAACCCUGAGCCUGACCUGGAGGUUGUGGUGUGCUCCGGCUACGGCAAGAAUGGUGCGCUGUCUGUACUCCAGAGAAGCAUCCGACCCCAAGUAGUCACUACGUUUGAGUUGCCAGGUUGCCACGACAUGUGGACAGUCAUCUCAAGUGAAGUCAAGGAGGACAAAAAGGCUGUAAAAAGCGACGGUUCAGAGGACGGGGCGGAGACGGAGACCGGCGAGGAUGGUGAAGAGGGAGAAAAGGAAAGGGAGGAGAUGGAGAAAGAGGAGGAGGAGAAGACGGAGCCUUCUCUGGAGGACGAUACGAAGAAGCACGGCUUUCUUAUUCUGAGCAGAGAGGAUUCAACCAUGAUCCUUCAGACAGGUCAGGAGAUCAUGGAGCUGGACACCAGUGGUUUUGCUACCCAAGGACCUACUGUGUUUGCAGGAAACAUCGGCGACAACAAGUACAUCAUCCAAGUCUCCCCCAUGGGUAUUCGGCUGCUUGAAGGAGUGACGCAGCUCCACUUCAUCCCUGUGGACCUGGGCUCCCCCAUAGUGCAUUGCUCUGUGGCGGACCCAUACGUGGUGAUCAUGACUGCGGAGGGAGUGGUCACAAUGUUCGUGCUGAAGACAGACUCAUACAUGGGGAAGACACACCGGCUGGCCCUGCAGAAACCACAGAUCCCCGCUCAAUCGCGCGUGAUCGCACUGUGCGCGUACCGAGACGUAAGUGGAAUGUUCACCACAGAGAACAAAGUGAGCUGCUCUGUCAAGGAGGACACCAUCAUCAGGAGCCAGUCUGAAGCCGAGACCGUCAUCCAGGACCUCAGUAACGCAGUGGAUGAUGAGGAGGAAAUGCUGUAUGGAGACUCAAACGCCAGUGCGGCGACAUCAAAGGAGGAUAUCGGCCGCAGCUCUGGGGGACCGGCGCCUUUUGGAAGUGAGGGAAGCUCGGGCAAAGCAGAACCCAGCCACUGGUGCAUGAUCAUCAGGGAGAAUGGUGUUAUGGAGAUUUACCAGCUGCCAGACUGGCGAUUGGUGUUCCUGGUGAAGAACUUCCCAGUUGGUCAGAGAGUGCUGGUGGACAGCUCUUCUGGCCAAUCAGCAGCACAGGGGGAGGGUAAAAAAGAAGAAGUAACACGUCAAGGAGAUAUCCCACUAGUCAAAGAGGUGGCUUUGGUUUCACUUGGCUACAACCACAGCAGACCAUAUAUACUGGUCCACGUGGAGCAGGAGCUUUUGAUCUAUGAAGCGUUCCCGUAUGAUCAGCAGCAGCCACAAAACAACCUGAAAGUGCGCUUCAAAAAAGUGCCCCACAACAUUAACUUCAGAGAAAAGAAGUCAAAGCUCAAGAAAGAUAAGAAGGCAGAGAGCGGUGCCAUGGAGGAGAGUUCAGCUGUGAAAAGCCGGAUUGCCAGAUUCAGAUACUUUGAGGACAUCUCUGGGUACUCCGGGGUGUUUAUCUGUGGUCCGUCUCCUCACUGGAUGCUGGUCACUUCGCGUGGAGCCAUGAGGCUGCACCCCAUGAGCAUCGAUGGCCCCAUCGAGUCUUUCUCACCCUUCCAUAACAUCAACUGCCCCAAAGGUUUCCUCUACUUUAACAAACAGGGCGAGCUGAGGAUCAGUGUCCUGCCCACCUAUCUGUCCUACGACGCCCCUUGGCCAGUCCGAAAAAUCCCACUGAGAUGCACCGUCCACUACGUCUCCUACCACGUCGAAUCCAAGGUGUAUGCUGUGUGCACCAGUGUGAAAGAGCCCUGCACACGCAUCCCCAGGAUGACAGGAGAGGAGAAGGAGUACGAAACCAUAGAGCGAGAUGAACGUUACAUCAAUCCUCAGCAGGAGAAGUUCUCCAUCCAGCUCAUCUCUCCGGUCAGCUGGGAGACCAUUCCCAACACACGGAUCGACCUGGAGGAGUGGGAACACGUGACCUGCAUGAAGACGGUGGCACUGAGGAGUCAGGAGACAGUGUCCGGACUGAAGGGCUACAUCGCAGCAGGGACCUGCUUGAUGCAGGGGGAGGAGGUCACCUGCAGGGGCCGGAUUCUGCUCCUGGAUGUGAUUGAAGUGGUGCCAGAGCCAGGCCAGCCCCUCACCAAGAACAAGUUCAAAGUGCUGUACGAGAAGGAACAGAAGGGGCCGGUGACAGCUCUGUGUCACUGCCACGGAUACCUGGUGUCCGCCAUCGGACAGAAGAUCUUCCUGUGGGUGCUGAAGGACAACGACCUGACGGGCAUGGCCUUCAUCGACACUCAGCUCUACAUCCACCAGAUGUUCAGCAUCAAGAAUUUCAUCUUGGCUGCCGAUCUGAUGAAGAGCGUCUCGCUGCUGCGCUACCAGGAGGAGAGCAAGACGCUGUCACUCGUCAGCAGGGAUGCUAAGCCCCUGGAGGUGUACAGCAUCGAAUUCAUGGUGGAUAACAACCAGCUUGGAUUCUUGGUGUCAGAUCGAGACAAGAACCUCUGUGUAUAUAUGUAUUUACCUGAAGCUAAAGAGAGCUUUGGAGGAAUGCGCUUGCUGAGGCGAGCUGACUUCAACGCCGGCGCUCACAUUAACACUUUCUGGCGGAUGCCGUGCAGAGGAUCCCUGGACACCGGCAGCAAAAAGGCUCUGACCUGGGACAACAAGCACAUCACGUGGUUUGCAACCCUAGAUGGAGGAGUUGGCCUGCUCCUCCCCAUGCAGGAGAAGACUUACCGCCGUCUGCUGAUGUUGCAAAAUGCUCUUAACGUCAUGCUUCCUCAUCACGCUGGUCUAAAUCCAAAGGCCUUCAGAAUGCUGCACAGUAACAGACGAAGCCUGCAGAACGCUGUGCGAAACAUCCUGGACGGAGAACUCCUCAAUAAGUACUUGUACCUCAGUACAAUGGAGCGUAGCGAGCUGGCCAAGAAGAUUGGUACUACUCAGGACAUCAUCCUGGAUGACCUUCUGGAGAUUGACAGAGUAACAGCUCAUUUCUGAGAGCCACAUUCCCACGUCUUGUCCAAUGAAUGCGGUUUUAUAUUGAAUGAAGAAAAUGUUUUGUUAUGGCCAUCUUUGUUCAGACCUGAUUUGUUUUUCUUAUGUUAGACCAAAAAAAAGCGGGCAGCCAUCUUUUCUUAGGGAUAUUUUGUAUUAAAAAAAAAAUAAAAAGAAUGAGUAAAAGUAAUUUACACAAGCCUUGUGUGUGUUUGACCUUUUUGCAAUAAAGACACGAAUGCCUUGAAAAAGGAGGUAGAACAUUUUAUUCAUAUUGCUAAAAUAAUUGAAAAACAUUUGGUUUGGUCACACUGGACUUCUCUUUUGACCUAUAAGCAGUGUAUCUCAUUGUUGAACUCAGGACCAAAAGUGGGACCAAAAUCACCAAACCGCAUAGUUCUCUAAGUAAAACCGAACAGAAAUAUAAAAAUGUACUGUAUUUCAUGUACCUGUAUUUAAUCACCUGUCAUUAAAGCAGCAGUUUUACAAUGAAA